UAAAAACAACGCAAAACAAGUAAAGUCAACUCAUAGACCAAAAUACAGCGGUAGAAUAAACAGGUGUGAUUCGUUUGUUUAUUUGGUUAAAAGAUAAGAAAUGUUUAUAAAUUUGGCUUAGUUUGUAUAUAAUCGAGUAAAACAUAAAUUUCAAAAUUAAUUUAAUAACUAUAAAUUAAAUAAUUUGCUAUUAAAACAAAAUGGGAUGCGCUGAGAGUAAGGACAAUGAUGAACCUCAAAACAAUCGACCAAAAUAUAGAACAUGCACAGACACAUUUUGGCUAGGAAUUUACAUAUUAUUUUGGUUCUUUUUGAUUGUUAUAGCAAUAUUCUCUUUCGUGUACGGCAAUCCUUUGCGUGUUAUCAAUGGAUAUGAUUCUUUUGGUAAUACAUGUGGUGUUAAGCACAAUGAGCGUUACACCAAUUUCCCAUUAUCUGGCAUGGAUACAACAGACAAACCUGAGUUAUUUUACUUUGAUAUUAAGCACUUAAAACAAUCUAUUAAGCUAUGUGUAAAGGAAUGUCCACAAAAAACUCUCACCAAUCCGAAACAAGUAUAUGAUUAUUAUUUGGAUAGAAAAACUCAGUUAUGUCGCUAUGACUUUAAUAUGACUACGAUUGAUGAUUCAAUAAUUAAAUCAUCAAACUUGGAUAAAUUUUUUGAUUAUUUAGGUCCAUGCCCUACCUUUCCGAUUUAUGAGAGUACACCAGUUUUACAUCGUUGUGUACCAAAGGGAAAGCAAGAACAAGCUCAACAGAUAUAUAAAGUGCUCAAUAACUGGGAUGUUGCUCAGCAAUUUUUAGGCGAUAUAUACUCUACUUGGCAUAUAAUUGCUGUAAUAUGUGGUAUAUCAUUACUAAUAUCUAUUGCUUUAGUUAUUCUAAUGCACUGGUUAACUCGUAUUGUGUCCUGGCUGAUAUGUAUUUUAGUUAUAGUAGCGAGUGUUGGGUUAUCAGCAGCACUUUGGUAUGCAUACUAUAAUAUACGCCACAAAACAGGCAUUAACGUUCAAUAUUCUAUGUUGGAGGAAUUUGUGAGAAAUGAACAGGCCGUAUUUAUAUUAGCUGUACUGGCGACAAUAACUAUGAUUAUACUAAUUGUAAUUAUUUAUUUUCUUAAAAAUAAACUUUCUGGUUUAUCGGCAUUGUUUGAAGAGGCUGGAGAAUGUAUGAUGAGUUUACCUGGACUUCUUAUCGCACCACUAUUAGCUUUUAUUGCUUUGGCAGUGUUUUUGUCAUUUUGGGUUUUAGUAGUUUUAUGUAUUGCUACUGCUAGUGAACCUGGACAGAGUCCUAUACAACCUUUCGAUAAUUCAGUUACACAUCAACAAAUUGAUCUUACUCCUAAAAUGAAUAAUGGAACGGACUACAAAACAAUUCUGCGGGUUGAAUAUACAGAACAAACAACUUUGCGUAGCAUGUUUUGGGUGUACGUAGUGGCUCUAAUAUGGACUACUGAGUUUAUUUUCGCCUGUCAACAGUUUGCAUUAGCUGCAGCGGUAGCAUUUUGGUACUUCAAAAAACCAACAACAACACCUACUACAUACGCCAUUGGUAAACUCGUAAAAUACCAUUUAGGUACUGUAGCUAAAGGAUCUUUUGUAAUAACACUUUUCAAAAUACCGCGUUUAAUAUUGACAUAUUUAUACGCAAAAUUGAAGAAAGGGGAAGACAAAGGUUCUGAGUGUGCAGCUUGUUGUCUUAAGUGCUGUAUAUGCGGUUUUUGGUUGUUAGAAAAAUUUAUACGUUUCCUUAAUCACAACGCUUACACUGUUGUUGCAAUAGAAUCAAUAAAUUUCUGUCCAGCUGCGGGAAUUGCUUGGAAUGCGAUGGCUACAAAUGUAUUACAAGUUGCAACUAUUAAUAGCGUUGGAGAUUUCGUGCUAUUUCUGGGUAAAAUUGUGGUAGCUGCUUUGUCUGGUUUAAUUGGAAUUUUUCUGUUGAAAGAAAGACCUGGCUUAAAUUUUUAUAUAGCACCUGUAAUACUUAUAAUCAUUUUCUCAUUUUUCAUUGCACAUAUUGUUUUAUCACUAUUUGAGAUGGUUGUGGAUACAUUAUUCCUAUGUGUUUGUGAAGAUAAAACAAUUAAUGGUCGUGCAGGCCGUUGGGCGCAAAGUAAUUUAGCAAAAUUACUUGGAGAAGAACCCCUUCAACCCGGUGAAGAGCCACCUAUUCAAGUAGUUGAAAUGAUGCCCAUUAAUAAGCAGCCUUUUAGUAUGACUAAAAUAGGUUCAAGUGAUGUUGUAGAUGCGUAGAGGAGUAUAAUGCAAAUGAACAAUCAAAGUUUAAGACAUAUUUAUUCGUAUAUACUUAAGAGUAAUGUUAAAAACGUUUCCAUUUUUGAUGUUGAAAACGCACAAUUUAAACGUAUCCACAUGUAUAUUAUUUAAAAAAAAAAUAUUUGUUUAGCUUUUAAUGUGAUUCAUAAAAUUGUUUUCCUUUCAAACUUCCCUGUUUUUUUGUAAAAACAAGUAAAUCUAACUUUUUUAUUAUAAUUAUUCUUCAUCAAUGUGCUUUAUGUGAAAAACAGUCAUAAUGAAAAUGUACAAAAAAAGGCAUAAUAAAUAUUAAAUUUCAUAAAUUAGUUUUACAUAAA